GACCGCUAAAUUUGAUCCAAGCCCAAAAACCGAAAGAAAGAACAUAAACCGAAAUCUAAAGGUUUCUAGAAUCAGAUUGUUGGCUUUCCCAUUUUAGUUAGCCGCUUUCAUUGCAAAUAUCUGAUUUGGUCGAUACACUGUUCACACUCCAUAGUAAUCAAUAAUAAGCCUACAAAAGGGUUAAAGAACUUCCAUUUUGCUUUGAAGAGAAGACCAAAACAGAGAGACUGAAUUACAGAGCUACCAAUCAAAUAACAAUGGCCGAUGAAGUAAGAAACAAGCAAGUAAUAUUAAAGAAUUAUGUAUCUGGGUUUCCAAAGGAAUCUGACAUGGAAAUCGUCACUUCUUCUAUAAGGCUUAAGAUUCCAGAAGGCAAUAAAGAUGCUGUUUUGGUAAAGAAUCUUUACCUGUCUUGUGAUCCUUAUAUGCGUGGUCGCAUGACUAAGCGUGAUACCCCUACCUUUGUUCCUUCCUUUGAGCUUGGAAAGCCUAUGAAUGGAUAUGGAGUGGUCAAAGUUUUGGAUUCUACACAUCCAAAUUACAAGAAAGGAGACUUAGCUUGGGGUUUUACUGGGUGGGAAGAAUAUAGUCUCAUUACAUCACCACAGCUUUUAAUUAAAAUUGAACACACUGAUCUACCUCUUUCCUACUAUACUGGAAUUUUAGGUAUGCCUGGUGUGACUGCCUAUGCCGGUUUUUAUGAGGUUUGCUCUCCAAAGAAAGGAGAGUUUGUUUAUGUAUCAGCAGCAUCUGGUGCAGUUGGUCAGAUUGUUGGGCAAUUUGCAAAAUUAAUGGGUUGCUACGUUGUUGGAAGCGCUGGCUCUAAAGAGAAGGUUGAUCUGCUGAAGAACAAGUUUGGGUUCGAUGAUGCUUUCAAUUACAAGGAAGAGCCAGAUUUAGAUGCAGCUCUUAAAAGGUAUUUUCCUGAAGGCAUAGAUAUUUACUUCGAAAAUGUUGGUGGGAAAAUGCUUGAUGCAGUGCUCCUCAACAUGAGGAUUCGUGGUCGAAUUGCUGUUUGUGGAAUGAUCUCUCAGUACAAUCUUGAAAAUCCCGAAGGUGUACACAACUUAGCAUCUAUUAUUGCGAAACGAAUUCGCAUGGAAGGAUUCCUGGCUGGUGAUUUUUACCACCUUUAUCCCAAAUUUCUAGAAAUGGUUAUCCCUUACAUCAAACAAGGCAAGAUUGUAUAUGUAGAAGAUGUAGCUGAAGGACUUGAGAGUGGACCUACAUCUCUAAUAGGACUAUUCACUGGCCGGAAUGUUGGAAAACAGUUGGUUGUUGUUGCUCGUGAAUGAAAAUAAUAUGAUUAUAGUCUACUUUUUAGUCUUUACAGACAUUAGAGCUCCUGAGAAUGUGUCUUGGCCUCUGUUUAAAUGGUUUAUAUUUGCUCCUGUGUCUUUAUGACUUGUUUUAUUCAUGGAGAUGUGUUGCUUAUAGAAGUUGUCCUUUUGAUUAGAAAAUGGAGUUAUUAUUAUUGUUA